AUGAGUACUCUUACCAACUUGACGGAUGCGGCUGUCUGGGAAAAUGAUGAUGAUGAUGAUGACAUUUACGUGGAGGAUGUAGACUUUUCCAACUAUGUUCCUACUGCCUAUCAACCAGGGUGGGAUUGGACGUAUUACAUCAUCAUUAUUUGCCUUGCAAUCAACUCGUUGCUUCCCUUUAUGCUGUGCUGGGCCCAUCGUAGAAAGCGAUUUGCCACCGAAUUGGAAACUCGAGCCUUGGUUCCAUCUGAUUUUGGCGUUGAAAUGAAGAAGACCAGUGAACAGGACGACGAUGAUAAGAGUAUUGGUGGAAUGUCGGUUGCCUCCAGUGCGGUUUCGAUUGUCUCUAGUGUCUUGGACCAACGUGUCCACAAGGGACUCUUUCACCGUCAACAAAAUCGCAAACGCCGGGGUCGCCGUGUUAUUAGUCCCAAGAAUGUCAAUGCUAAGGAGACUGGAGACAACAAGAAUGCUGGUGGGCAAUCAAUGGGGGAUGCGAACUCCUAUCUAGGCUCGUUGGAUGAUGUGAGUGUCAACGAUGCAGUCGAUGCACCAGGCAAGAUCACAGGCAACAAUGCCGGAGCUCUUAAUCAUCACGAUAGAGAGAUGUCUUUGGGUGAGCGUCUAGUCGAUUGUUCUACCUGGGACAAGGAAAUGAAAAAAAUUGUUUCCUUGUGGAUUCCCUACUCGAUUAGUGGUGCUACAGAAGGAUUUGCACAGAUUGUCAAUUUUGGCAUUAUUUCGCACUUUAUCGGUUUGAGGGAAGCGAAUGCCUACGUUACGGUUGUUAUUCUUACCGAAUUCACAGACGUCUUUACGUAUGGUUUCAUUGAAGCCGUUGGAGUCUUGGGACCCCAGGCUGACGGUGCCAGAAACGAUUUGCUUGUGGGACGGUACAUGCAACUUAGUUUGAUUUUCUACACCCUAUGCAACAUUCCGGGGCUCCUCAUUUGGAGUUUCUACACGGAACCUGCCGUCAUAUGGCUUGGUUUUGACGAAGAAACGGCAAGACUGGCCCAAGGGUAUGCCUAUCCUUUGUUGGCAAUGGGCUUUUUUGAAGGAGCUGGCGAAGUCCUUGAUGCGUUUUUGGAGUUUACAGACCAUGAAAAGUUUGCCAUGUUUAUGGACCUCUUUGCCAAUGCUGUUGAGACCUGUGCGGUUAUUGUCAUGGCGACGAUGGGCAUUAAGGAUCUGGUUCUGGUUGGAAUCAUCCAAGCCUUGGCAAGUUUCCUCAUUAUGAUUAGCAUCAUUUCUGUUGUGCUAUACUUGGGUUGGUUGGAUGACUAUUGGGAGGGCAUUGCCCUCACAUGGGGACUCAACGACAAGAGAGCUGUCAAGAACAUGAUUACGACUGCUAUUCCACUGGGUCUCUCCUAUAUGUUGACCUAUGGUGAAUGGGAGGUCAUGACCUUGUUUGCCGCGCACAUGGGUCCUGCUGAAGUUGCUGCAUGGGGUGUUCUUGGUUUCCUUUGGGAUACCUUUGAAUACAUUGUUGAGGGUCUUGCGGAUGCUGUUGAAGUUCGCGUGGGUUUCCGAAUGGGAGCAGGAGAGAUGACGGAGGCUAAGGCUUCCGCAUACAAGGGAAUGUAUCUUGCUAUUGUUAUUUCGGUCUAUGGUACAGCUAUCCUCUUUUUGAUGUCGGGUCAUUUGCCAGAAUGGCUCACUCCCGAUCCGACCUUGCAGCACAUGAUCUUUGAAGCUUUGCCUCUUAUUGGCUUUGGUCAAAUUCUGAUGUCGGUGGGUAUGGUUUGUUGGAACAUUCUUGGCGCCCAAGGCCGUGUUCGAUUGGCCACCGUGGUCGAGUUCGUUACAAGUUGGAUCCUUGUGAUUCCCAUGGCUGCUAUUCUUGUCUUUGUUUACGACUACAACUUGAUGGGUAUGGUGGGACCACUGGUUUUGGGAUACACCCUUGGAUGUGUGGCCAUUAUCUACAUUCUAUUCACUUCUGAUUGGACGAAACUUUCUGACAAGGUCGUAGAACAAAACGGAGGAAACAUGAAUUAUGAUGAGUACGAUUGGGAUGAUCUGCCACUGAAAAUCCAGGAGGCUGCCACGGUCUUGGGGUACACCGGUCAGAUGUGGGAUGCUGAUGCAGAACCAGCAAGUUCGAACAAAGACUGGGAGGAGCUCACCUUGGAGGAGCAAGAAGCAGCCCGUAAACUUGGUUUCAACCGAAGAAAGUGGGAUAGCGAUCAAAGUGGGGUCACUGAGGAAGAGAAUCGUUCAAGCUCUACAGGUUACGAUGACUACGAUUGGGACGAGCUACCUCUCGCGAUCCAAGAGGCUGCCAAAGUUCUUGGUUACACAAAACGCAUGUGGGAUACUGACAAGGAACCCGCUUCGUCGAACAAGGAUUGGGUUGAACUCAAGUCAGAGGAGCAAGAGGCCGCGCUCAAGCUUGGAUACGACCAAAUAAAAUGGGACGGCGAUGAUCAAUCUGAUGACAGCGCCAAUGGCAACUCAAAAAGCAUCUCCAAGAGUCCAGUCACAAAUUCAGCCUCUAGGAGUCCAGUUCCAACUGCAUCCUCGCUCUACGAUGACAUGGAUUGGAAUGAGCUGCCAGCUGGAGUACAAAAGGCCGCCACUGCUCUCGGCUACACGAAGGUCAUGUGGGACGGAAGCAAGGAACCACGAACAUGCGACAAGGAUUGGAAGGAGCUUACAAUGGAUGAGAAAAUUGCUGCCAGGAAGCUCGGGUACGACCAGAAAUCUUGGGACGGUGAUGGAAAGUCUACGAAUCACUCUGCAGAGAAGCCAGUGACCAAGGCAUUGUCUGAUCCUACGCCUGAACCAGUGUCUCAUCCGUACCAAGGUAUAGAUUGGGGCGAGUUGCCACAUAACGUCCAAGCAGCUGCAAAGACUCUUGGGUACACUGGCAGAAUGUGGGAAACGGACAGCACCCCGCUUGUUUUCCACAAGAACUGGAAAGAUUUGAUUUCAGAGCAGCAGAGCGCUGCGAAAGAGCUGGGCUAUGACGAGGCAAAAUGGGAUAGCGACGCUGAAAAAAGAGGACCACCAAAAUACGAUGACUUGACAUGGAGGAAAUUGCCAUCCGAGGUUCAAGAGGCAGCUCAGGUGUUGGGAUACACUCCAAAGAUGUGGAACAACGACAAAGAACCUCCAACGCGUUUCAAGCGAUGGAACGAGCUUACUCCAGAUGAACGCUCCGCGGCAAACGUUCUUUACUUGAACGAAGAAAAAUGGUCAGAAACUCCAUUACCGAACUAUGACGAUCUCUCUUGGAGCAAGCUGCCUCCGCAAGUGAAGGAGGCCGCCACGCUGCUAGGGUACACGGGAAAGAUGUGGAACAACGAUAAAGAACCAGCGACAAGUGACUUGGACUAUGACGAGCUCACGCAAGCUCAAAAAGAGGCUGCAUUGACCUUGGGAUACGACAAGAAGAAAUGGGAUAGUUAA